AUCGUAAGCAUGUCAUAUACAAAUGGGCUUGACAGAAUGAGGAAGUUUUUAUACCCUCCAAUAAAUGUGUAACUGCACCUGUUUUUUCUUUUGUAAAUAAAACUUAAGAAAACUUAAAAGAUUGUAAUAUACGCACACACAUAAAGUUCUCAAUCUGUGCACCAGACUGGAUAACUAUAAACGAUGCCAGGCUGUAAAGCACUUAGUUCACAUAACCAGACCCCUCCAGUCUUCACAAAGACAAAUUUGUUCGACCUCAUACCAAACAAGUAUGACUUGAGUGUAGGAACUCAGGUUACUGUUAGCUGCGCUCCAAGUCUUAGGUUAGAAGGCGAGUCAUCACUGACCUGUUUAGCUAACGGACAAUGGAACUACACAACCAGACCGACCUGCAAAGAGUCUGAUGCAAGACGUGAGAGAGCUUGGCAAGACUCAAACAGUAAUGUGAUUAUUCUUGGUGUUAUAUGGGGACUGGCAGCUGUGUUUGUUCUUGCUGUGCUUAUUAAGGGAAUUACAUUUUGUAUACGGACGAGACGACAAAAUAAGCAUAAACAGGUGCAUGAAAAACAUGGAGGAACGUAUGUGCAUCAUGGUGAGGGAUAUGGGCAUCAUAGGCAUGGACAUCAUGGCGAACAUCACGGCCAAAAAGCAGGCGGUCAUGGUCAUGAUAGGGAACAUCAUGGCCAACAUUCAGACGGACAUGGUCAUCAUAAGGAACACCGCGGCCAACAUUCAGACGGACAUGGUCAUCAUCGGGAGCAUCACGGCCAACAAUCAAACGGACAUGGCCAUCAUAAGGAACAUCACGGCCAACAUUCAGACGGACAUAGUCAUCAUAAGGAACAUCAUGGACAACAUGGCCAUCAUAAUAAAAUGUACAAGCAUAGUGAACACAAUGAUGGGUAUAGACAUCACAAUGAAGAGCAUGGUCAUCAAAGAGAUAGUCCUGGACAUCAUGCAAAUCACGGAAACGGAGAACAUACAGACGGUCACAGUAAUCAUAAAGGGAGUCAUGAACACGGCCGUCAAAAAAAUGGUCACCAUCAUCAUAAAGCGAGCCACGGGCAUCAUGACCACAGAGACAAACAAGUUCAUCAUAGAAGCAUAUAUGAUCAAUCGACUGAUCAAAAUGAAGCUUUGUCUGCUUAUGAGUUAUCUCAGUUCUGAUUAUAUCAAUAUGAUUUUGUAAGCAAUCAACUAACUACUGCAUAUUCAGUUAUUUCCGUGAACCCUUAUCCGCGGUAUUGAGAAUUUGCGAAACGUGAGUGCUUGUGUUUUAAUUAAUGCUGCAGAUUAAUAUUAACGAACAUUUUGAAUUCGCGAUUGGAAUUAUUCGCAAAUAUCAAUGAAUUCGCGAGUGGAAUUAUUCGCAAAUAUCAAUGAAUUCGCGCGUCAAUGAAUUCGCAAGUGGAAAUAUUCGCAAAUAUCAAUGAAUUCGCGAGUGGAAAUAUCCGCGAAUAUCAACGAGAAUAAAAAGAUAUCAAAUAUUAUUACACUUACAGUAUAUCUAAAGUUUGUAUUCAGAUAAUGUACACUUCUGCAAGGUGGACUACUUUACGAAGAGUUUUCAUACACUUCUUGGUAACACGUCAGGUGUUGUUAUUUCUUGCAUACCAGACGGGGAUUUCUGGCGAUUUCACCGGUGCUGGAAAACUCCAGUUACACCCCGGGGUGUAAGAUGACUCUCGUGCUGUAAAUGACGUAUAACGAACUACAUAUGUACAGAAGAAGGGUGUAGUAAUAAUAAUGUUUUUCAUAAAAACGGGAUAAAAUUCAAUACCUUGAUAGCUCCUCUUUGUUCCUUAUAACAUAUUUCUCGAUUCAAAAAACGUUAUUUUAAGGAAAUAACAUAACGUUUCAUUGCAGAUGAUAAAACAAAACCGGAACUCUUACGUCGUUUUCGUCUCUGUAACGUCUUGAUGUACUUCCUGUUUACGGACGUUGAGUUCCCGCUCUUUGUUAAUACGCUACUAUAAGAAAAAAGUGCUAUGAGAAAAUCAUUUGUUUGAAUUCAUUUUUACUCUUCUUUGUUUAAUAUGGUAUGCAAGAAAAAGAUUCUACCACUGGCUGUAGGUGCAGACGGGAAUAUCCGGCUCUCGGGUAACUGUUUACGCGGUCACUCGGCUCCGGUCACUCGGCUGGAGCCUUGUAACCGCCUAAACAGUUACCUCGAGACCGGAAAUUCCCAUCUGCACCUACAACCAGUGAAAGAAUCUUAUAUUCUUGAGACCUUUGUAUCUGAGUUAUCUCAGUAAAACGUUGAAUGUGGAUGUAGGGAAGCAGUGUCUAUGUUUUGGAGACAUUUUAGUGAAUGCUAGUAAAUUCACACAAUUAAGGGAUAUAUGCGUUUUCUGAAGACGAGAAAAGUAACUGUGAUAUACUAUUACAUUGUAUAUGUUAUAUCAGAGUAAGCUUGGUGAUAUUGGCCUUAUUUUUAUGUUCAGUGGCAUUUACUAUGUACAACGUUGAAAUGUAUUAUCCAUCAAUAUUAAAGUUUACAAAAUUUACACUCUUUAAAAUAAUGCAUGUUAUACGUGUCAUAUUAAUUGUACUCUAUAUAUGUAAAGAUUAAUUUUGUUCUUAAUUUGUCAAUUCAAUCUUGUAUAAUAAUGACAAGAUACAAUAAUAAAACAAAUCACAACUGUA